CCCCCAAGAUGGCGGCGGCGUCGGAGGAGCGGAUGGCUGAAGAAGGAGGCGGCGGCCACGGCGACAGCGGCUCCUCUUCGUCCGUCGGCUCUACCCAGCGACUGCCCCCACCGCCCCCGCCCCAGCCUCCACAGGCGGGGUCCCAGGCGCCCCCAGCCCCGGCGCUGGCUCCGGACCAGCUGCCUCAAAACAACACGCUGGUGGCGCUGCCCAUCGUAGCCAUCGAGAACAUCCUCAGCUUUAUGUCCUACGACGAAAUUAGCCAGCUCCGCCUGGUUUGUAAAAGAAUGGACUUGGUCUGCCAGAGAAUGUUGAAUCAGGGAUUUCUAAAAGUGGAGAGGUACCAUAAUCUAUGUCAGAAACAAGUCAAAGCGCAACUCCCAAGGAGAGAGUCAGAAAGGAGAAACCACUCAUUAGCUCGUCAUGCAGACAUCCUUGCUGCUGUUGAAACAAGGCUUUCACUUUUAAACAUGACCUUCAUGAAGUACGUGGAUUCCAAUCUCUGUUGCUUCAUCCCAGGAAAGGUUAUUGAUGAGAUUUAUCGUGUGUUGAGAUAUGUCAAUUCCACCAGAGCCCCUCAGCGAGCUCAUGAAGUGCUUCAAGAGUUAAGGGACAUUUCCUCCAUGGCAAUGGAAUACUUUGAUGAAAAGAUCGUUCCGAUUCUAAAGAGGAAACUACCAGGAUCAGAUGUGUCAGGAAGACUCAUGGGCUCUCCUCCAGUUCCCGGACCUUCUGCAGCCCUAACAACAAUGCAGCUCUUCUCCAAGCAAAACCCUUCGAGACAAGAGGUUACCAAACUCCAGCAGCAGGUCAAGACAAAUGGUGCUGGCGUGACUGUUCUCAGGCGUGAAAUUUCUGAGCUCCGCACCAAAGUGCAAGAACAACAGAAACAGCUUCAAGACCAGGACCAGAAACUGCUCGAGCAGACCCAGAUCAUAGGGGAGCAGAACGCACGGCUGGCGGAGCUGGAACGCAAACUGCGAGAAGUAAUGGAGAGCGCGGUGGGCAACCCCUCAGGGUCGGGGCAGAACGAAGAGUCUCCUCGGAAGCGGAAAAAGGCAGCGGAAGCCAUAGACUCCCUUAGGAAAUCUAAACGUCUCCGGAAUAGGAAGUAACUUGCAAUGUGCUUCUGGCUCCGAGGAAGACCUGGCUUAGCAGCUUGAGCAGUGACGCAUAUCAGGAUGCUGUGAGCGACAUGGUGUCCCUUAGGCUUCUAGGCUUUCAGAACACACCUUACACUUGAACCCUCAUGGUUGGGACAUUCUUUCCCUGCUUCUCCUGGUUAAACUGACGCACAGAAUCUUUUUACUUUGCGGUAGAUUUGUACUAACCAGACCUAUUCUAUCAUGUUUUUUCUGUGCAGCUCAUGUUUAAAGUAAGUUUAUUUGUUUCUGAAUAUAUGCACAUUACUUAAGGAUCUUAAACCAGUCCUGACAGACUAGAAGUUUAAUACAGAAAAUGUCCUGUUCACUUGAAAGAAAAGACCUACUUUUUAAAUGGACAGUAUCUUGUUUAAAAAAAAAAAAAGUUGACUUUUUGUUAUAAGUGACCUUUGUCUGGAAUGUCUGAAAAGUAGUAAAUGCUUUUUGGUAUUGAAGUAAUGGGUAACUAAACGGACUUCCAUAGUAUUGACUGUAGAAGGAGCCUCUACAGUAUUGACUAUAUUUUUAUAAACUACUGGCAAGGGAUUUAUCCAGUUAUGUCAUGUUUUCAGUUCUCUUUUGGGGCCAUGUCCAACAUUUGCAUGAAUGGAUGCAUGCAUUGCCUAGGCGACUCACUUAAAAAGCUCUUGCACUGGUAUUGAUCUUGAACCUCUCUACUCCACUUUUUAGAGCAGCGUCUGAGUUUAUUUAAGCACUUACCAUCUUCCACCACAACAGCUGGCCUCUGCGGGGAGGGGUUGAGAGUCCAUUUGUCCUCCAGUUUUACAGGAACGAGCGCGUAUUAGAGCUCGUUGCUUUUAUCGUUUUCUCCGUAGGGUUCAGGUGCGCUGACUAAGGCAGAACCCCAGAUCCCAAGGCUGUCAACGCCAGCCCUCUGGUAACUAGCCCUUCUCCUUACUCACCCCUGUGUGCGCUCACUGGUCGAGUGUGGCCACCAGUGGCGUGAGCAGGCGGCCCGACCGGCGGGAUGCAGUUUUGCCAUUGAAAGGUCACUGAAGAACACUGUGCCGCGCAGAAGCAUUUCGAGCAUUUCACUUUGGGGGAUGACCUGAGGGAAGCUUUUUAAUAUUAAUUUCAAGCUUUCCUUAUUCUACAACUUUAAACAAAAGCUUUAAUUUUGUUUGCACUCCUGUGUCAAGCUUGUAACUGGAAAAGCAUGUCUUGCACUGUUCAACCUUCUUAGUGGUCACUUUAACAACCUCCAAAUUAUGUACAGUGGUUAUUUUCCCCAGUUGUAUAUUUUUGAGACGUUCAGCUAUUACUGUUCUAGUUUUAUUUUAAUGUACUAAAUUAUGUUGUUAUUUUUUGACUGUUAAGUUCUUUUCAACAACUGUUGCCUUGGGCUUCAGUUAUUUAAAAUAAAUUUAGGUGUAAUGUAGAAAACUGUCCCUUUCCAGGUGGGAGUUUGAUACCUGUUUAAAACCUAAGGUUUUGGUAAGUACCUUAGUGGACUAAAAGCACAAGGUUAUCAUCUUUUUUUAUCCGUCCAACAUGACAUGGGUCUGCAUCCUUCAGAUUAACCUCACCAAAUGAAACUUUUCCUUAUCCAUUUUCUUUACUGUCCUUACAUAAUAUUGUCCUUAGAUUUUGGUCAAUUCUCUGUCUAACUUUGAAACUCCAUUUACAAUGUAGUAUGUUUUCAAUGAAAAACCAUAAAACAACAUCCACGUGUUUCCUGGUUUGUUGGGAAGGUAAUUUUAAAAUAAACAAUUUCCAAAAAAGAUUUGUCAGCCAAGGUCAUCCAUAAAAGUCCCUGUCUGGAACUCAUUUUCUCAGCAGGUCUCAUUUUUUGUAAUCAUAGGAUUUAGCCAUAUAGUCAUAACUUUGGAGCAGGCCUACUGGAAUACUCAUGGCCUUUAGUAGUCUGCUUUCCUGGUAAUAGGAAGACUUUUUUAGGUAACAAAGUACAUGUUUACAGGUUUACGAAGUAUGUUCCUUAUGCAUUAAAGGGAUGUAACCUCAGAUGAUUUAUUUGGUAAGUUGUUAAUGAAUAAAACUUGCCUGGGUUUCUUCAUAAACUUUAUCUAGAUACCCUAAAUGUAUCUAUAGUCUUCCACUAGUUAACAUGAGUAUUUGGCUUUCAUAAUAAACUUUGACACUAUUAGAAGGUAGAUUUUGCUUUCAAAAUCCAAAUUUCUACAGUAUACACUUGUAAUCACCUAUCCAUAAGGUUAAUGAGUUGCGAUUGUUAAUGCAUGAAUGUUCCAUAACAGUAGGAGAAUAAAGCACUACAGUUCUGUUGUUUAAGUCUUAAAUCUUCCUUAGACUCUAGAGAAAACCUGUUAGGAUAUUGCCUUGACCGAUUUGAUAGCUUUUGUACUUGCUUUUGGAUGGCAUAACAGUAUUUAAGGUUCAACAAAUCACAAAUUGUUUUGAUCAGCUCAAACUGACACGUUACAGGAAACUUGUAAAUUAGCCUCCUGAGAAAAACCAUCCUGCCCUGGGUCGCACGUCUGAAAUAUAAAUGCUAUGGUGUUAUUGACUAUUUUGUUGUCCUAGAAGAGCUUUUCGUAAAAUCUCCUUGUCAUCUUCCUGGGCUGUUUCUCAGAGGAGACUCCCCUCUUUUGAUGGGUCAUCCCCACUUAAAAGCUGGCUGUGGCACACUACAGACAGGCACCGUGUGAGAAGCGAGUGUGAGGAGGCUGCCCCCCACGGGAUCCCCUGCUCGCCUCCUGUGUGGGCUUGUUGGGUUUCACAUAUUCUGAAGUAAGAACUGUUUCAGAACCUGAGUUACAGAACCUGUUGUUUUCCAAGCUCCUCUUUUGCUGUACAGAGCCUGGAAAUGGCAGGCAGAUACAAAUCAGCGUGAUCGUGAUUUUAAAAGGACUGGGGUGCCAUCGGGGCUAAAGCCACUGGUUUUGGAAGCAGCUUCUUUUUGUGAAAUGUGGUUUUUGGAGUGCUGAACUUUACAGGGGCUUGCCUUAAUCUCUAUUUAGUGGUUUCAAGAUGUAGCAUUCUACUUGUUAAAAUGUUGAAAUAUUCCAUGUAGCCCAAAGGUGGUUAAAAGGAGUAUAAGUAAUGCCUAAAUAAAUAAGCUAAAAGGUGUCACUACAGCUGGAUUUUAAGGGAAAAUGGACAUAUGAUCAUAGGCUAUGUAUAAUAAACAAAAACAACAGCACCUUAAGAUUGCACUAUUUAAUGCAUUAUUUUAUAUGCCAUUUCAUAGCCUGCACUUUAAUCUCCAAAGAAAUGAUGUAUGAUUUCCCAGUUCCUUAUUAAUAAACUUUCCUAAGACAGGGCACUUAAUUCUAUUUUACUAUACUGAAUUAGUUUCUUGGAGGUGGAUACCUUUUUUGAGUUCUCUAUUUCCUUAGCCAUAAUAUUUUCUAGGAACUAGGAACUCCCUAUCUUGUCAAUUUCCAACAAUAUAUAAUUUUAAUUUAAAGUAAAGUAAAAUCUCAUACUUGGUAACCAGCACAUUCUUACAUCCUGCUUUAGCAAGGAGUACCCGUUUGUUAACACUUAUCAAACCAUCUACAAGUAUCAAAUGCUGCAAGUAAGACUGGAAGCCAGGAACAAAGGCAUUCUGAAGGGAAACGUCCUAUGGAAUGCAGUCUCUUGGGAAUGGCUGCUUCUAACAUAAAAUCCAAUUUGAUACAUACUGUCCUGACCAAAUUCGGAUCCAUCUGAAUUAACUAGUCCACAAAAGGUUAGUAAGUUAAACCUACUUAAAAAUAACAAACUUCUAUAGCCUGCCAUUCUGAAGUGAAUUAUUUUUUAAAGAUGCUAAUCUACAAAACAACUAGCAACUAGUUGGCUGCUACCUACCAUGGUUUUAUUUUUAACAGCAAUAUAUGUAUUAUCAUGAUAUAUAUGAUAGGCUCAAGUCAUGUUGGCCUUUGGCAGCUUCCUAAGAAUUUGUUAAAUUUCUAAAGUCAAAAGGUAAAUUUGGAUUUUUCCUGUUGUGUCUGAAGAGAGUCAUGGGAUUUAGAAGCAUAUCGGUAAUCUAUUAGGUCCAUUGCCAAAGUAUACUGGUCCAUAUUCAAAACUAUACCAAAAGAUUAGAAGUGUUUAAAAUUCCUUUAUGUGGUACCAUGUCUGUUUACUGAUACUCAUGAGCAACAAUAAAUUACCAGUUUACCUUCUGGAAUUUUCAUUGUUAUAACCUAACUCAAUGAUCCGGUCACACAGCAGGGUACGGAAAUAAAUGUGUUGUUA